AGAAGAAGCCUUGUUGAUGUUGUCAAAGGCCAAAGCAGCCCUGUGGUGUGGUAAAUUAUGGCUGUAAUGCUGAGCUGUUUUGUGCAAUUUGAGUGGAAAGUCUUUAAUAUUCCGCGUAUGUGUCGUAGCAGAUACUUGGUAUCAAACCAAGUUUGAGUCUGAAAUUAGCAUAGCAGCUACCAUUAGCUUUAGUUCAACCUUGUUUAGUUGACGUAAUUUACUCAACUUGCGUUAGUUUUAAUUAAAGUUAACUACGUGCACUUGCUUUCACUUUGCAGGAGCUCUUGUUUGGAUUCAGACGUUGCCGCUCUAGUUAGCUAAACUAGCUUUAACGCUGGACAAAGUACCCCCCCUCCCUGCCAGGAUGCUCCUCAUUGUCCUGGUAUGCAGCCUGUCACUGGCUGUCACGGGACAGCAGGCGGAUGACGACGACUGGAUAGACCCUUUUGAUAUGCUCAACUACGAUGCAAGCAUCAAAACGAUGAGGAAGCCAGCAGAGCCAGCAAACUAUGACAAUGUGCCAACCGCAAGAAGAAAGUAUACCCAGAAGGACCCCAGCCAGGCUGAGCUGACAUCGUGUAACAGUCAGAUUGAAGAACUAGAGAAGAAAAUCAAGCUCAUCUCACAGCGGCCUACAUGCCAUCCAGUGUUCAUGCGAUUCCUUAGGAGACUCCUGAAGGAAAUACAAAGAGUUGGUUUGCCCAGUGACUCCACGGACGCCCACUAUGAUGCCAAAAUCAAACUGUCCAGACAAGACAUGACAGAGAUUCAGAUGCUUCUGGAGGGUGAAGAUAGCUGGAGAACAGGGGCUCUGGACAAUGCCAUCAGUCAGAUUCUAGUGGAUCUCAGACCACAUGACUAUGAGGCUUGGAAAUGGCGUUUUGUAGACACAUGUGGCGUGGAGCUUGAUGAACUAUUAAAAAUGUUGCUGGUUGUUCUGGUCAUAGUGGCCAUCAUAUGCACACAGUGGUGGUCAACAGUGUCCUGGUUCAUGCAGUUCAGGAGACUGUUUGCUAUCUCCUUCUUAAUCAGUGUUGUCUGGAACUGGUUAUAUCUGUACAAGACUGCCUUUGCUGACCACCAAAACAACAUAGCAAAGAUGAAUAGCAUCAAUGAAAAAUGCACAGGAAUGAAGAAAAUUGACUGGACUGAUAGUUUGAAAGAAUGGGUCAGAAGCACCUGGACUUUUCAAGAUGACCCUUGUAAGAAAUACUAUGAAGUCCUCAUGGUCAACCCCAUUCUGCUGGUACCUCCAACCAAGGCGUUCACAGUUACCAUCACAACCCUCAUCACAGAGCCGCUGAAGCACAUCGGCCAGGGGAUCAGUGAGUUUCUUGUAGCUCUCCUCAAAGAUCUACCCGUUACCCUGCAGAUCCCAGUUUUCCUCGCUGUCGUGCUCAUCAUUUUGGUAUGCAUGUAUGGAAGUGUGCAGGCAGCCUUCCAGCACGGCAUCACUGCACCUUUCCGCCGCAUAAGGGAUCCUACUCCUCCACCGCUGGAGCAACCGCGGCGUCACCUCCAGGAGAUCGAGGACUAUGAGCACUUAGCAGGAGGAGACGCGCCACAGCUUGCCCCGAGACACUUAGCCUAUGAUGGCAGAUUAAACAGGAACCAGGUUCAUCAGAGGCGGCACAACAGACCCAGAGAAGAGCGAGCCAAGGUGGAUGUGGUGACAGUACGCACUGCCGAGGCUCCCUACAGUGAGGAUGAGACGGAUGCUGUGCUGCGUGAGGCAGAGCAGAAUCUCUCUGCAGAGUCGGAUUCAGAAAACCAAGAGGAGCUAGCAGGAGCGAGUGCUAGCAGUGUUGCUGCUAACAAAUCAAAAACGACACCCGCUGAAUCAGAUUCAUCUCAAUCAAAGACUAAACCUCUGAAAGUGAAAAAAAACCUUUCUAAAGAUGAACUUACUGGAGAUGAUGCAGCAUCUAGAGCUCAGCCAGCAGCAAGGCGGCCUUCACAAACUGAUGUUCAGGACCUGCAAGCCUCAGCAGAAGACAGAACCUCCUCUUUCUCACUGACCCAAGUUGAAACUGUCGGAGUUUCUGUUCAGGAGUCAUCUGCAAUAUCAGCGGAGUAGACAGCUUCUACAUCGGUCAAAGCUGGAAGAUGAGCAUCAUCAGUGUUUGGUGCGUUUUUCUGGACUGUAGAGAGUUAAUGUCUGAGUGACUUGUUUAAAUGCGCAUUACAAGGGUGAACCACCUCUGUGUUGCCAAAUUACUUUAUGUGCUGUGCGGUCAACUGAAUGUGCCUUACCAUGAGCAGUCAGUUUGGUGAAUUUGCUCAAUAUUUCUUGAGGAUUUCGGCUUAGCAGUAUAUCCUCAGUUAGAGGAGAGCAAAACGUUCAAUAAACCACACAGUAGCCAGACUAAAAGAGUUUUAAACAGGAAACAACAUUAUUUACUUGAUCUGUUGUCAGUGUGUUUUACCUAUGGACAGGAAUCAUGGUGUUACAAACUAGGUUUGCCUAGUUUCAUUGUAAUAAUAAUGAAAGAAUAAUGUUUAAUUAUUACAAUGAUUAGACAAUAACUUGUUUCAAUUUUGAAGUUGAAAGACACAUUUAGAUUUUGUAAUUUAAAAGGGAUAAAAACUAUUUCUUUAUGCUGUCUUUUUACAAGAAGAUAUUUUUGUGGUGAUUAAUGGUUUGUAUAUAGAAGAUUUGAAAUAGUGAUGCUGAAGUCAUUUUUUUCUGAGCAGCAGUGCUACUUUCUUUCAUUUUCUAUUGGAAGAGGCUGAGACCAUGGAUGCUGACAACAUGGUUGGGUGCAGUGGAAAAAGUGGAUUUCAUAAAUUAAUAAAUCAAUGUGUACAUUACAAAAAGUAUUAAAUCAAUAAAAAAUAUUUAAUGGUCAGUGGAAUUGUCUUACACAAAAGCACAAAAUGUUGAAAAUCUCUUAAUAGUGAAAUAGGCAACAAUACUGAAAACUGCACCAAUCAAUCUUUCAGCUUGUGGUUUUGGCUGUCAAGUGCAAACAUUACUGUUCUAGUUUACUUGGCUUCACACGGCUCUCCUCGUUCUCCUUUCUAGCUGCAGCAGCCAGCUGUUUUCAGUAAAUAAGUUGUGACGAACCCAGUGUUCACUAACUGCUCACAACCAAGCAGCAGACAGACACAGCGACAAGCUGGUGAACAUAGUGGAGCAUUUAACAGCUAAAGAGGCAGAUAUUUCCCUCAGGAGUUGCUGAAGAGCAAAACAGCUGAAAGGAGAGUGAAUAUUGGACUUGUGUUCCUCAGGUGGCCAGGAACACAAUCAUUAUGUGUACUGUAUAUGAUAUUUUAUGAUGCAUUACUAACUGUGACCUUUGGAAGUAAAUUAUGUUUUAAAUUGGGUAUUUUGUUUCCACACUGUCAGUAAUUAUAUUUAUCAGUGGGUGACCAUGAAUUUGUUGUUCUGUCCAACGUGAAGUUACUGAGCUAAAAUAUAACAUUCAUACUGACCAUCCUUUGAA